AUGAUGUGGCAGUGUUAUUCCAAACGACCGAUCGGUGACACUGGGCGUUCCGGAACCUUUUCAUUGCAGCGGGUCUCGUGGCAGUGCGCAAAAUGCUCGACGUCUAGAAGACGCCUUGCGGCAGAUGCUUCAGGCAACAGUGCCGAUAGGUCUCAUGUGGAUGUUCAGGCGGGAACUCAUAGCCAACAUGAAGCUAGAAAAUCAGACACCCUCCGCUCGCUUUGCAAUGAAACUCCUUCGACGCCAGAAGAAACAGGAGAAGCUACUCGAGAAGCUCCUGAAGAUGAGCCGCCAGGAAACUCAACAGCGUUUUCGACAAAAGGGCAAGGACGAAUUUCCCGAGUCCAGCAACGAGGCCCGAGCCUAGUCCUUUCAACAGACGAGAAUGAUGGCAAUAUCGCGGAUGGCCCUAACGGCAGUGGCAGCCAGUCUUCCGCAUGUCCUGAUUUGAGGAUGGGUAGUGCCAUUUCUGAUGGAUCUAAGGAUCCUGAUGAUUGUGAUAAGCAGAUGGCUAAUCAAGACUCCCACACGGUGGCUGACGGCCUGAGUAAUGCUGAGGACUUAUACCACCGGGCCCACGUCGGGAGCACUGCUCGGAAAUUCAUUGUAGACGCUAGACUGCCUGGCGAGAAGAUGGAUACCGGGGGCUCUGGUAAGGAGGCGGCUGCCGAGGGCGCUGAGGAAGAAGCGGGUAUCGAAGGCGCUGCACAGGAGCCGAAUGCCGAGAUUUUGAUGGAAAUGGAUACCGAGGGCCCCGAUGAGGCGGUUGCCGAGGCCGCCGAGGAAGAAGCGGUUGCCGAAGAUGUUGAGGAGGAGGAUGCUGAGGGCACUAAGGAGGUGGUGGCCCCUAGGGCUCCUGAGGGCGCUCAGAUGGUAGUUGACGCUCAGGACCUGGAGGAACUAGAUGCCGAAGGCUCUGACGAGGAGGUGGAUGCCAAGGGCUCUGUUGUCGCAAGCUCGAAGCCUAUUCACCUAAAACUUAUGGGUCUGUUAAGAACGCCUCCUAAUAGCUAA